AUGCUCGAGCUCCUACUCCUAGGCGGCUGUGAUAUUAAUGCGUGGGUCAGAGAUGAUUGGACUCCUCCUCUGGCCGACGCCUCAUUCGACCCGGAGCUUGUUGGGUGGCUCGUUGAACACGGUGCGGAUCCGAAUGCUCAAUGCAGAUACGACAUCACAGCAUUGUCGAUCGCAGCUGGAUCGGCCUCGAGAGAAGUCAUCGAAUUAGCCAGACGUGGGGACGAUUUCGUGGAGCUCCUCUUGAGCAAAGGUGGCUCACCGAACGCACUCAUGUUUCACGACCACCCAGUGUCGUUCUGCCAGUUCGAAUGCCUCGGUCUGGGAACAUCAUUACACGAGGCUGUCCUCCACCGCCACGACAGGCUGGUACGGCUCCUUCUGAAUCACGGCGCGAAUCCGCAGAUCAGGGACAGUCUGGGAGGAUUGCCACAGGUCAAAAGACUCCUUUUCAGCACUGCCCUCUGA